AUGGGAUAUUGGAGUAAAGAUAAAUAUAUGAUGUGGAAUCCUUGGGAUUUCCCAAAUCCGUUUCCACCCGACAGAUCUCAUGGACCGAAUCUCCAAAACAUAACCCAAAAUUUAUAUUGCUUAAAAAUGAAACUAAAGACGAUAGAAGAUGUUAAAUGUAUCCCAUCCGAGACGAAAAGGUAUCUUAGAUGGAUGCUUAAGGCGGUUUGCUCAUGCCAGCAUACUAAUGCAAUUCCUAAUCCAAUUAUACGUGAAACUUUGGACAUUGCGUUAUCAGAUAUUCUUGAAAAUAUUAUUCCUCAAUUAGAGCUCGGUAACCCCCCACCUUUUUCCUGCAUCCCGUUAAACGAUGACAGAGAAAUUUUUAUGAUCUGUCAAGAAUUGCAGAGUGAUUUAGAAGAAUAUACCGAAAUUACUGAUGAAUUUUGCGGUAUGCCGAGGUUAGCGAUGGUUUUGUUCACAUUAUAUCCGAACAGUAAAUAA